AUGACUAUUAAUAAAAAGACGACGAAUAGAGAGAUGGUUAAAUCAUCAGUAUUGAGAGGAGCAGUAAACAACAACAACAAUCAUGGAAUACAAGAUACUAUACUGGGUGUAUUUCAAUCACCUGCAUCAGCUGCACCGGUUGGAUGCGGACCACAACCAUUGUCAACAGUCGUUAUAAAGGUACUCUUGGAGCAUCCCAUCAUAUUUGGUGUUUUGUUUUCAAUGGUCAUAAUAGGUUUAAUCUAUCUAAAAUACUUUAAACAAUACAAGAUAGAAAGAUGGAUCCUUUUCGCCAAACAUUUUCUGUCUCUAUUCCAUUAA